CGUAUCACAAAUCGUCGGCAAUGGUCUCAUGUCUCAAUAUUUUCUAUUGAAUCUUGACGCUGGUGAUGGAAAUUCUCAUGCAAGGAAAAGAAAGUCACGUCAUUCUUCUUGGAUUUACAUAUAGGAAAGGAUAAUACAUAACGUACGUUUUCGUUCUGUGGCUUUUGAUGUAAAACGUGACAAUGAGAGACCCCAUUAGUAAUACGUUUCCAAGCUUUUUGGCUGUCUAGAUGGUGAAUUUGUCUAAAAUGGCGAUAUCGGUUGAGGCUACUCAUUAGACAAGAAAAAUAUGAAAAUGAAACAGAUGUCACUUACAUUUCUGAUCAUGAAAAGAAUAGAUCUUUAAGAUGAUGUUAAAAAGUCCAAGAAGUUUCAAGACAAUUGUUUUUCUUAAUCUGAUAAAUAAACGACAUUUACACUGAUUCCUAGAGUGAUUGUAUAUUCAAAAUGAAUUUUAUAAGAUGGACUUGAAGGUGUUGGUAACCCAUAAAUAAUGAGGGAAAGAAAAUCACUCAAUUUUUUAUGAUUAUUAAGACUUCUGUGCGAAAGUAUGGUGACAAAAAGUAUAUUAUCCUGCCUUUCAUUUUCCAAGCAUUCAAGAUGGCGAUUUUUCUAAGAUGGCGGAGACUUCUCGAGCUGAUUGUUAGCUAUCUACUUUUGACUUCUGUUAACUCAAGCGACGAAGCACCAGGGUCGGCCGACCAAGAAGAGCAGCACUUCGUGGUGGUUCCCGAGAGCGUCGAGGUGAACCUCGGGGAAGACGUCGUCCUCAGGUGCGUCGUCAGGAACCAGCAGGGGAGAGUCCAGUGGACGAAGGACGGCUUCGCCCUCGGAUUCGAGAGGGAAGUUCCAGGUUACCCUCGAUACUCCUACCUGGGAGAUCCUGCGAAGGGCGAGCACCACCUGGUGAUCAACGGCACGACCUUGGAGGACGACGGCGAGUACCAGUGCCAAGUGGGACCCACGGGCACGACCAGUGCCCUCUGGGCAGCCGCUAACGUUACCUGUAUGGUGGCUCCGUCUAGCAUCAUCGUCAAGGGGGACAGAGAAGGGAAGACGGUGGAAGGGAUUCAGGGGCAGACCCUCCAGCUCGAGUGCGUCGUCAAGGACGGUCGGCCAGCCCCUUCUGUCGCCUGGUACAGGAACGGAGUCUUGCUCGAUCAAGAGCUGCACACGGAGAGGCUCGAGACCUCACCCAACGGGCGCAGCUGGAGCGUUCGUCAGUCACCUGUUCAUCACGCCUGAAGCCGAGGACGACGGCCAGCAGUUCUCCUGCAGGGCGAUGCAUCCCUCCCUCACUAACUCCCCGACG